AGGCUCGUCCGGCGCGUCGACACGCGCGAGCUCUUCGCGCUCAAGUCGAUGAUGAAGAACGCCAUGGUCGCCAAGAACCAGGUCGCGCACGUCCGCGCGGAGCGCGACAUGCUGUCGCUGUCCGAGGACCCGGCCAUCGCGAUGCUCUACGACUCCUUCCAGGACAGCAGCCACCUCUACAUGGUCAUGGAGUUCCUGCCCGGCGGCGACCUCAUGUCGCUCCUCGUCAAGCUCGACACGCUGCCCGAGGACGCGACGCGCUUCUACAAAACACGCGACGACACGCGACACCCGUCGCAGGUCCAGGCGGUGCACGACCACGGCUACGCGCACCGCGACCUCAAGCCCGACAACGUGCUCAUCGACCACGACGGCCACGUGAAGCUCACGGACCUCGGCCUCUGCACGCGCGUCGACGGCGACGGCGUCGCGCCGCCGACGCCGCCGGCCUGCGCGUCGCCGGGCUUCGGCGACGCGGGCGCGUCGCCCGGCCCGAGCCGCCGCGAGCUCGCGUACUCGACCGUCGGCACGCCGGACUACAUCGCGCCCGAGGUCCUCGCGCCCGUCGGCUACGGCCUCUCACUGGUUGAUUUCCACACAGGCUACGGCAAGGCCUGCGACUGGUGGAGCCUGGGCGUCAUCAUGUACGAGUGCCUCGUGGGCUACACGCCCUUCUACGCCGACGACGCGAACGCGACGUGCCGGAAGAUCCUCGAGUGGCGCAAGCACCUCGCGCUGCCCGCGGACGCGCGCGCGCGGCUCCGGCGGCCCUGCGUCGCGUUCCUCGCGGCGCUCCUCGCGGACGCCUCGGACCGGCUCGGCGCGCGGGGCGGCCUCGGCGACGUCGCGCGCCACGAGUGGGUGCGGUCCGUCGACUGGCGCGACCUCCGGACCGCGCCCGCGCCGUUCGCGCCGACG